CAAGACAUCAAACAAAGCUUCAAACUCCUCGAAGACUAAAGUUCCUUACAAGCUUUUGCUUCCAAGAUCAUCAUCUCCCUACAACAUGGCUCAAUCAAUGACUCCUUACAAUGACUACCUCGUCUUCCAAACAUCACAACUUCAAGACCACUAUUCAAAUCUUACGGAAGAAAGAUUCAUCGAGGUAAGAUAUCUUACUCUCACUUUUUUUUUUUUUGUUUUUCACGCUCACACUCAUAGAACUACUAUCCUUCACCCAUCCGAUACCAAGUAAACGGAGAUUCCGACUGGAUGAGCGCCGCCUCAUCACCCUCCAGCUACUCAGCUCACGAUUACUCACCACCAACCACCAACGCAAUGCCCACACUGAACAACGGCUUCCCCUCAAAUUGGCCCAUUGGUCCAACAAACACGCCACCAUCACAAUCAGCCAAAGACCUCCAGAAGCUUAACCGUCGACGACAACAAAAUCGAGAAUCACAACGCGCUUUCAGACAGAGGAAGAAUCGAGACCUGGAACAGCUUGAGCAGGCUCUUGCUGAUCUCCAGGUCAAGCAUGAGAAACUUCUCAAGUGCUUCGUGGGCUUGACUGCUAAGGUGUCGGCGGAGAGAUUGGGCGGCUUGGUGGAUGACAUGAGUUUUCUUGAUGAGCAGAUCAAGCAGUAUAACUCGUGUUUGGGGAAGGACUUCAAGAUAAAUGGCGAUAGGAUAGAAGCUAUCAGAGCUAAGACGGAAAAUUUGUGAAUUGUUUUUGGGCAUUUAGAUGAGACGGAUAGGAGUUUAGGCUGGCAGGGACGGGGAGCAGGGCUCUGGUGUUUGGGACGGACUUUUGCUUUUGUUUAUAGAUCCAAGUAAUCAUAAAAUAUACUUCACCA